AUGACAAGACUCGGGGGCAUUUAAUACAACUUACAUUCUCUGCUGUCUUCUGCUUUUCUGUCUCUUGUCAGUUCGCUACCUCAUUUAAUACUCUUCUCUUUUCUUUCUGUCUUUCCUCUUCUCUUUCUCGCGAAGGCUAGCAGGAGAAAACCUCCUUCGCAAGAGGAGCUCGCAAUGCAGACGAGAACGGUUCAAGUGAAGCAUGUAUCAGAUCUAGCUAGUGAGAGAGAGAUUCACGAGUUCUUCUCUUUCUCUGGCGAAAUCGAGCACAUUGAGAUCCAACGUGAAAAUGGGCUAUCAAAGACUGCAUUUGUUACAUUCAAAGAUCAUAAAGCACUUGAAAUUGCAUUGCUGUUGUCGGGAGCAACUAUGGUGGACCAGAUAGUGAGUAUAACUCCUGCAGAAAAUUAUGUGCCAAAUUGUGAGCUACGGGAAGUAAGAAGGGUGGACAAUGCUGUAUCUGCUGUUCUUUCUGAAAGUGUUCCAUCAAAUGUUGAGGCUAAAACUAGUCCCCCUAGCAAUGGAAGAAUGUAUGUCAAUAGAGCACAAGAAGUAGUUUCAAGCAUGCUGGCAAAAGGUUCAGCUUUUCGCCAAGAUACGGUGAAUAAAGCCAAGGCAUUUGAUGAAAAACAUCGCUUGACUGCUAGUGCAUCUGCCAAGGUAAUGUCCUUUGAUCGGAGAGUUGGGCUCACGGAGAAAUUGACAGUUGGAAUUUCAGCAGUCAAUGAAAAAGUGAAGUCUGUGGACCAAAGGCUUCAUGUUUCAGAUAAAACCAUGGCAGCAAUAUUUGCAGCAGAAAGGAAGAUAAACGACACAGGAUCAGCUGUCAAAUCAAGCAGAUAUGUGACAGCUGGAACAGCUUGGCUAAAUGGUGCCUUUAGUAAAGUGGCAAGGGCCAGUCAGGUUGCUGGUACAAAAACUAGGGAGAAGUUGAAUUCAGCUGUUUCAAACUUAACUGCCAAGGAAUCUCCAAUUGCUGUGUAAGCAAGAAAUUGGGGUCACUAUAAGCUGCUUCAUUAGAUCCUUUGUGACAAAAGCAUUGGACCCAUGCAUUGCUCCAACCAUUGAGUUCGGGGAAUUGAAUGAAGAGAUUGGAGCUGCAGGCUUGCUGGAGAAAGAGAAAAAUUUGUGCAGUGUUUCCUUUAUAUGCAUUUUCAUCUUUGGCUUGACGUGUGCAAUUAUUGUGAACUCAAUAUUGCCCUAUUUUUCAAUAUUCUUUGAUUCCUAGAAUAUGCCUAUGGCUUCUUUGUAAUUUUGUCGUUUGCAACAUUGGUUUCAAAUCCAAAAGAAAAUUAAAUUCACAUUGCCAUAGAA